AUGCGGAUCAACGAACACACCUGCGUCUCCACGACGAAAGUGGUCUUGGUACCCUAUUCAGCCCACCAUGUGCCCAAAUACCAUGGAUGGAUGAAAGAUCCUGAAAUCCAAGAAGCGACAGCCUCUGAACCCCUGAGGUUGGAAGAAGAAUAUGCCAUGCAACGCAGCUGGCGCGAGGACGCGGAUAAGUUGACGUUCAUCAUCUGUCGACCGCAUCGCCAUGACGGCGUUGGCUACCGCGAGGAAAAGCCACAGGCGCCAGGAGGAGAAGAGGAAGGGGGAAAACGAUUUGAUCCUCACCGUGAAAUUGACGCAAUGAUCGGGGACGUAAACCUCUUCAUCUCAACCAUCGAAGACGAAGACGAUUCCUCGCAUGGCGAGAUCCUCGUGGUGGGAGAACUCGAACUCAUGAUCGCAGAAACCGCCCAGCAACGCAGGGGCUUUGGCAAAGCCGCACUCGUCGCAUUUCUGAAGUACAUUGUGCACCACGAGUCCGAGAUCCUGGCGGAGUUUCGGCAGCGGGAACGUGUUGCUCCUGCCGCCUCCUCCGCGGUUCCUCAACAGCAGCGCCAUUUCAACGACCUACGCGUAAAGAUCGGCGGUACGAAUUCACGCAGCAUGGCGCUUUUUGAGAGCCUGGCUUUCCGCAAGACGAGCGAAUCACCAAACUACUUUGGGGAAUACGAACUGCGGCUGUCCCGUGUGGGGUUGGGAGACUUGAUCGCGCAACACGUCGAGGCUGACGCCGGGGCCGCGCGCAAGGGGUUGCUUGAGGGUUAUUUCGAGGGGAGGUAUUCGUAG